AUGUCCGGGCCGCCUAAGCAGUGCUACUACGAGUUGCUUCAGGUUGACAGAAAAGCGUCAUCAGAGGAAAUACGCCAGGCAUACAAGAAACAAGCACUCAUUCACCACCCGGACAAGAACUAUAGCAACGAACAAAGUACGAUAGAAAAGUUCAAGGAUAUUCAAAAUGCCUAUGCCGUCUUAAGUGACCCUGAUGAGCGUGCCUGGUAUGAUGCUCACCGAGAAAGCAUACUAAAUGGGGAGGACGCUGACAGUUCUCAGCAUGAGGUUAACCUCUAUUGCUACUUCACAUCCAGGUGCUUCGAUGGCUUUGACGAUAACGAAGGAGGAUUUUACUCUGUAUAUAGGAAGGUCUUCGACCAGCUUAUCGAAGAUGAAAGUGAGUAUAGUUCAAAUGCGAAAACUUGGCCUCGUUUUGGUGACAGCGCGACGAGCUGGAGUUCUGUUUCCAAGUUUUACAGUCACUGGAGGAAUUUCAGUUCCUGCAAGACGUUCGCGUGGAAAGAUGAAUAUAAGGUGAAUGAAAUCCCUGACCGCGCAUCUAGGAGAAUGGCUGAAAGAAUCAACCAAAAGCUGAGGACGUCGGCGAAAAAGGAGUACGUGCAAAUUGUCCAGGGUUUGACUCGGUUUGUCCACCGUCGCGACCCUCGUGUGGCUGCGGAACUUACACGGCAGGAGGAAGAAAGACGACUGAAGGAAGAAGAGAGAGAAAAGAGGGAGCUUGAAUGGGCGAAGAACCGUCGUGAAGCUAACGAGAAACUUUGGGCUGAAGCCGCUGAGAAGGAGGCCGAAGAGGAGCGGGCCAGAAUUGAGCGGGGUGAGGCCCCCGAUUCGUGCACUCUGGAUCUUCUUUACGAGAAACAGAGGCAAUGUGAAGAGGCGCGAAAGGUAAAAGGUGGGACCAACUGUGGCUUUGCCAUGUUGGAGGAUGAGCAUGAGGACAACUUACCCGAAAAGAAGCGUAGUUGUCCCGCGUGCAAGAAGCAGUUCAAAACUGAUGCUCAGUACAAGGAACAUGUGAACAGCAGCAAGCACAAAGCGAAGCUGCGGCAGCUGUCGGCAAAGGGUGUUGACAUUGAAACCCUAAUGAAUGAGGAGAAAGAUAUCAGUACCUGCGUGUAA